AGUGCAACACAAAUAAAAUUUAAAUUACGGUGGAGUAAAAGUACUUUGCAAUAUAUUUGAUCCGUCUUGAUUGUGAAAUAAAAUAUAUACACACAACAACGUCAAAAGACGUCUUCGUAGUCGUCGUCGUGAAGAAAAAAAGCCACACAGGGGUUUUUUAAUAAAACGAAAAAUAAAAACCCCAAACGAAAACAUCUGGAAUAAAAUGUUGGAUUAUUUCUGAUAUUGGACGAAAAAAAGGAAAAUUUGUAUUUUUAAAAAAUGGAUUUAAAAUUUCUAUGUUCCGUGUGUUUGCUGACUAUGUCGCUUAUGACUUCCUUGAGCCUAGCGUGCACCAGUCGUAGUACACCAAAACCCAGACCUACAACACCUACUCCAAUAACGAUAUCAACGACAACACCACGACCCAAUGUAACAUUUCCCAUAUUGAAUUGUCCACCACCAUAUGCAGCCUGGUAUUGCUUGAAUGAAGCCACAUGCUUUAAAGUUGAAAUCCAUAAUGAGGUUUUGUAUAAUUGCGAGUGUGCAAGUGGUUAUAUGGGACCACGUUGUGAGUACAAAGAAAUCGAUGGUAGCUAUUUGCCAACUAGACAACGUGCCAUGUUGGAGACGGCUAGCAUAGCAAGUGGAGCCACCUUGGCAUUGAUAUUUAUGCUAGUUUUAUGUUUUUCACUCUACAUUCGGCGAGAGAAUGAACAAAAAAUGAAAAUGAACGAAAGCGUGAAUAUGGCUCAUGACAAUGCUGCAAUGGAUGAAGUAGAUGGUAUAACAAAAAUCCCUGAAAUGAGACCCUUUGGACCUCACCACUAUGCUGUUUUGCCAAUGUCAUCGGCAUUUAAACGUUGAUUUUUUAUUUUAGUUAUUACUUAUAGAUUUAAAUAAUUUUAAACAUAUACAUCAUAAUUUCUUGAUAAAAAUUGGAGAAGGUUAUAAUCGGUAAUUUAUUGGUUGAAUUUCGUAUAAAGUCCUCUUUCUCGCGUAGACGUUAGUUAUUGGGUUGUUUUUGGACCAUGACGUUUUUUUAUUUAUUUUGAACACAAAUCUUUUGGCUUUCUAUCACAGAUAGAAAACCUUUUUCCCUAAAAAGCCCGCCAAUGCGCAAUAUUCGUUGCAAUGCUCUUUAAUGUCGUCAAAAUAGUGAAGAACUCAUUUUUACCCAACCUAAAUUUUGUUUUCCCACUAAAUGCAGAUCCCAUUGCUUGGUUUGCGCAGAGAGUUCAAAUACCGGACUGAUUAAAUAGAAGUAUUUCGAAUGCAACCUAUAACUAACUAGAUAAAAUAGAUCACAUACAAACUGAUGAAGUGCACGUUUUAAAUUCUAAAAUUAAAUUUAAUUGUCAAUUAAAUUUUACCAAAAAAAACUUUUUUUAUUCCGCCUUAGGAUUCGAGACUAAAAAACCAACAGAUUUUAUCCAAAAAAAAUUUAAGAAUUAAGGAAAUAUUCAAAAUAUUUCACCUCCGCUUUUUCUACGCCAGAGUCCUAUAUAUUAGAAUUGGCUGUACAAAAAACCAAUUGGUAUAUAAUGUAAUAAAUGACAAUUAAAGUACACCAUUUUUAGUUGAGCAUUUCAAGCACAUAUUUGUUUUAAAAAGUUUUAUGUUUUUUUUGAAAUGAUUAUUGACCCAGCCACAGAGGAGCCAAGACGGCUAAAAAAUAUUUUAUCUUUAUAUAGAGACAUAUUUUAUUGACAAUAUUAAAUUUAUUUUGUAUUUUUGGUGUUUCAUUUAAUGAAUAUAUGUCCUGUCGUCGCUAUUGUUAUAUGACCCAAAAUCCUAUUUGUAAUAAUUUAAUAAUAAAAAAACAGCAAAAAAUAAAAAUCGUUCACAAAUGGUACUUUGUUCCAUAACGACAACGAUUUGCAUAAAUUUCCUCCAACCUAUUCCACAACAAAAGUAUUUAAAACAAUCUGAGCAGUUAUUUUGUCUCCUUGUUAUUAUAGUUUUUAGACGAACCUCCACUGUAUUUGCCAAACACCCAUAGUAUUGAACAUAUGUCUAAUUUCCUAUUGGAAUUAGUCUUGCCGCCUAUAUUUUCUCUUACCGAACAACGAAAUAUUUAUUUUAAUUUAUUUAUCAUAAUACUAUUUAUCACUAUACGAUAAGAAACUAACAUAUAAAUGUGUAGCAUAAAACAUAUAACUAACAAAUAUUGUAUGUUUGUCCCAAAUACUACUUUUCAGUAAAUUGAAUGAAAAAUAAAGCGAGUAUAAAAUGUUA